AUGUCCCGCGCCAACACCCACUCGCCGAUUCUGGCGACAGAGGGUAGUACGGCAUUCCAAGCACAUACGCUUGCCUUGUUAUCCCUCAUCUCUCAACACCCUUCACCGGCUUUCCCAUUCCCAGCCAACGGGCAGGAUCCCGCGGGUCAUCUCACCUUGUCCACAUUCCCCGGAAAGAAAACACCCGCAGAAGAAGCUAUCGAAAGAGCUAUCAUAGCACUUGGAGAAAGAGUUUGGUCAGCCGAAAAGACUCAAGGUGUCUUGCACUCAAACACUAAAGUCCCACCAGGUCAACAUCAAGCUUCCGAUCUGCUGACGCCAGAAUGGACUCCACCAAUUCAUGAGGUCUUAGCAGCAGCCCAGUCAUCGCCACCACCAAUCUGUCCAACUUGUGCUCGACCUGUAUCUGAAAACGCUACCCCUACUAUCUAUGCCCAAUCUUCGCCGGUCUAUGCUUCUCAUCCAUUAUCUGUCUCGCUUUCUACUCCUGAUGCUCAAAUGCGACAAUUGCCUUCUUCUCAAUUCGGUUACAACCCUCAUUCUAUCUUGACUACUGCUUCUGGACAAUCUGUGUUGACCGGUGGACCAGGUUCUGCAUCUUGGUCCGUUGGAGACUCUGGUAUGUCGGCUGAAAAGGAAUUGGAAUUACUAAAGGCUCAAGUUCAAGAUAUCGCCAGAGUUUGUAAAGCUGUCGCUACAGGUGAUUUGACUCAAAAGAUUAUUGUCCCGGUUGAAGGUCAAGCUAUGACUGAAUUGAAGAAUAUUAUAAACGCUAUGGUUGAUCGACUACAAACUUUCGCUGUCGAAGUGGAAAGAGUGUCACUGGAAGUCGGUACUCAAGGUAAACUAGGUGGUCAAGCUGUCGUAGAAGGUGUUGAAGGUACAUGGAGGGAAUUGACAGCUGUUGUUAACAAACUCGCCGCCAAUCUGACUAACCAAGUAAGAAGUAUUGCAAAGGUUACCAAAGCUGUGGCUCGAGGCGAUCUAAGUGAAACCAUCGAUGUCGAGGCUUCAGGUGAAAUUGCUGAAUUGAAAACUACGGUCAAUGGAAUGGUGAUGUCUCUUCGUACACUGGCAGAUGAAGUUUCUAGGGUAUCUCUGGAAGUAGGUUCUCAAGGUAAAUUAGGUGGUCAAGCAAAUGUUCCCGAUGUCGAAGGUGUAUGGAAAGAUCUCACGGUUAAUGUCAAUCGAAUGUGUGAAAGUUUAACAACUCAGGUCAGAUCCAUCGGUAGUGUGACGACGGCGGUAGCCAGAGGUGACCUUAGUAAGAUGAUUGAAAUUGAGGCUGAAGGAGAAAUGGCGGUUCUGAAGAAUACGGUCAAUUCGAUGAUAAGGCAGCUUACUAUCUUCGCCAACGAAGUAACGCGUGUGGCGCUGGAAGUAGGAACGCAUGGUACUCUAGGUGGGCAAGCUGUCGUACCGGGCGUAGAAGGUGUAUGGGACGAUCUAACAACCAAUGUGAACAAAAUGGCUAGAAAUUUGACAGAUCAAGUGCGAGAAAUCGCAGAAGUCACGAAAUCGGUAGCUAGAGGUGAUUUGACUAAAACCGUGAAUGCCGAUGUACAAGGAGAAAUUCUGGAACUGAAAAUUACUGUUAAUGAUAUGGUUGCUCAACUUACCGUUUUCGCUGCCGAAGUAACUCGUGUUUCUCUUGAAGUCGGUACAGAAGGUAAACUUGGUGGACAAGCCGAUGUUCCUAAUGUCGAAGGUACCUGGAAAGUUCUUACAGACAAUGUCAACUUGAUGGCUCUAAAUCUUACAACGCAGGUACGGUCUGUUGCUGAAGUUACAACUGCCGUCGCCGCGGGUGAUUUGAGUAAAAAGAUCGCUGUCGAUGCCUUUGGAGAGAUUUUGGAAUUGAAGAAUACCGUCAAUAAUAUGGUUGAAUCACUUCGAAGUUUCUCGUCCGAAGUGACGCGUGUAGCCAGAGAAGUAGGAACGGACGGUAGAUUGGGUGGACAAGCUAGAGUACCUGGAGUUGCAGGUACCUGGAAAGAUCUAACGGAUUGUGUCAAUAUCAUGGCGGCCAAUCUGACAGAACAAGUACGAACCAUUGCACAUGCUACCACUGCUGUUGCGAGAGGAGAUUUGACACAAAAGGUCGUAGGAGUCAAAGUGUCCGGAGAGAUUCUUGAUUUAGUCAACACGAUCAAUAACAUGAUUGACCAAUUGGCGAUUUUCGCUGCUGAAGUCACUCGAGUCGCGAGAGAAGUAGGAACCGAAGGUAAAUUGGGUGUACAAGCUGAAGUAGAGAAUAUAGAAGGAACAUGGCAAGAGAUUACGUCGAACGUUAAUACUAUGGCUAGCAACUUGACGUCACAAGUACGAGCUUUCGCUCAAAUUUCCGCCGCGGCCACAGAUGGUGAUUUCACGAGAUUCAUUACGGUCGAAGCUUCCGGUGAAAUGGAUAGUUUGAAGACUAAGAUCAAUCAAAUGGUGUACAAUUUGAGAGAAUCGAUAGAGAAGAAUACGAAAGCUAGACAAGAGGCAGAAAUGGCAAAUAGAUCCAAAUCUGAAUUCUUGGCCAACAUGUCGCACGAAAUCAGAACUCCAAUGAAUGGUAUCAUCGGUAUGACAGUAUUGACCCUAGAAAGUGAAUUGACUCGACAACAAAGAGAAAACUUGAUGAUCGUCUCUAGUUUGGCGGGAUCCCUGUUGACUAUCAUUGAUGAUAUCUUGGAUAUCUCCAAGAUCGAGGCCGGUCGGAUGACUAUGGAACAAAUCCCCUUCUCACUUCGACUUGCUGUAUUCAGUGUACUCAAGACACUUUGUGUCAAAGCAUCUCAGAACAAACUCGACUUGAUUUUUGACAUCGAUCCUACAAUUCCCGAUCAGCUCAUUGGUGAUCCUCUUCGACUACGACAAGUCAUCACCAACCUGAUUGGUAAUGCUGUCAAAUUCACUACUAAAGGUCAAGUGGCAUUAUCAUGUCGAGUGAAAGGAUAUGUAUCCAACGCAGUUGGAUUAGAAUUCUGUGUCGCCGAUACAGGUAUCGGAAUCAAACAAGAUAAACUCGAUGUCAUCUUCGAUACUUUCGCUCAAGCUGAUGGAUCCACAACGAGGAAAUACGGUGGAACUGGGUUAGGUUUGACCAUCUCUAAGAGAUUAGUGAAUUUGAUGUCUGGUGAUUUAUGGGUAGAAUCUGAAUACGGAGCUGGGUCAAGGUUCUACUUCACGACUGUAGCUGAAAUGACCUCAACACCCAGAGAACAAUUGAUAGAAAGAUUAGGUCCAUGGGCAGGAAGGAAUAUCUUGUUUAUCGAUACUCUCGGUGACGAAACUGGUAUCGCUAGAAUGUUGGCUGAAUUAGGGUUGAAACCUAUCGUCAUUCAUGCUGUUUCUGAGGUCUAUAGUCUCCCUCAACAAGGUUUGACCAUGUUUGAUACCAUGAUUGUUGACUCACUCAAGGCUGCUGGGGAAUUACGAGGUAUCGAAUAUUUGAGAUACAUCCCAAUCGUAUUGCUUGCUCCCUCAAACCGACCUCCAGGACCCGAGAAUCCAUCAUUCAUCGAUUUACCCGAACCGCGACGACGUCUUCUUGCACUCCCUUCAGCUGGAGAUCAAUCACUCUCGCCUAUCCCGGUUAAAGAUUGUCUCGAAAUGGGAAUCAACACAUACUAUACAACCCCACUAAACUUGCAAGAACUUUCAAAUGCAAUUGUACCAGCGUUAGAAUCACAUCAAAUGCAACCCGGUGAUAGUGUCAAAGAUGCUGUUUUAAGUAUUCUUUUAGCGGAGGAUAAUUUAGUCAAUCAGAAACUCGCUGUCAAAUUAUUAGAAGUGGCUGGACACAAGAUGGAAGUCGCUGAUAACGGUGAGAUCGCCAUUGAAAAGUACAAGAGAAAACAAUUGGCUCGAACACCCUUCGAUGUCAUUCUUAUGGACGUAUCGAUGCCUGUCAUGGGUGGUAUGGAGGCUACCGGAUUGAUAAGAGAAUAUGAAGCCAAUGAAGGUGUACCUAGAACACCUAUCAUAGCUUUAACCGCUCAUGCUAUGAUAGGUGAUAAAGAACGAUGUUUAGAAGCUGGUAUGGAUCACUACGUUCCUAAACCAUUGCGAAGAGGCGAUUUGAUAGCUGCUAUUGCUCGCGUUCUGACUACCAACCCUGCACCUAUGUCGACUCAAGGUGGUGUACCGUCACAGGAAUCAAACCAAACGUUUGAUGUAGGAUUGGGUACCGGCAGUGCUCCAUAUUCAUAG